AUGGCACCCCGUAUUGCUGUUGCUGGGCCGGAGGAAAUUCGCAAGAGAAAAAUUAUUGGCAUCAACCCGGAAACGGUCACCCAUAUUUCCGCUACCGAUUUUCCAGGGCACUGGGCUGGCGAAAAUCAUGCUUGGUCUAUUGAUAAGUUUCGAGAGAAUCUGAAAGUGAUAUUCCAUAAAAAUGAUCCACUUGACGCCUCGUUUUCUCUCAUCGGAGUCGAUGCCGCAAUUGCCAACGCUUUUCGCCGUAUCCUCAUUGCCGAAAUCCCAUCCCUUGCUAUUGAAAACGUCUACAUCCACAACAACACUUCCGUGAUCCACGACGAAGUUCUUGCUCAUAGAUUAGGCCUCGUUCCACUCAAGGGCUCGCUUGAAGGAAUAAACUGGAUGGAGUGGUUUCCCGCACCUAAAGAUGGUGAAUCGGCUAGUGACCAAGUCGCAGGCGAUUCUAAUACCAUUGUUUUAAAGCUCAAAUUAGAAUGCAGCAAGAACACAGACGCUCGGCCAGGCGAAGAUGAUCCUACAAAGCUUUACCACAAUGCGCAUGUGUAUGCAAAGGACCUAGUGUUUGAACCUGUCGGACGUCAGGGAUCAUAUUUCACAGGGCCGGAGGGCGUGGUUCAGCCCGCCAACCCAGACAUUUUGCUCGCGAAGCUACGACCUGGGCAGAAGAUCGAUAUGGAACUCCACUGCAUUAAGGGCAUUGGGCAGGAUCAUGCCAAAUUUUCGCCUGUAGCAACCGCAUCAUAUCGACUUCUUCCACAUAUCGAUAUCCGCCGCCCCAUACUUGGCAAUGACGCAGUAAAAUUCGCAAACUGCUUCCCAAAAGGGGUUAUCGGGAUUGAGAAAGUCACUGCAGAGGAGGCCUCACGGAUUGGGAGUGGAUACGAAGGGAACGAAGGCCAAAAGAAAGCUGUGGUCGUGGACCCAUUUAACGACACAGUUAGCAGGGAGUGUUUGCGACAUGAUGAGUUCAAAGAUAAGGUCAAGCUUGGUCGAGUUCGAGACCAUUUCAUCUUCAACGUAGAGAGUGUUGGACAGUUCAAUAGUGAUCUCUUGUUUCUCGAAAGCGUGAAGGUCCUAAAGCUUAAGUGUGCUAGGCUGAAACGAAGCGUCGCAACGCUCGCCGAUACGACAGAAAAGGUGAAGGCAUAA